ACAAAAACACACACUCACACACACUAGAAGAGGCUCAUCAUCAAUCAUGGAGGUAGCUGUAUGUUUCUGGAUUAACAACUCAACUGAAAUGACCAAUUGAUUUGGUGGGUUUGCUCUUAUUCACUCUCAUCUUCUACACUCCACAAUUUGGGGGUAAAAUUAGGGCUUAUUUCAUUACCUUCUUCUUCUUCUUCUUCACCUCUGGAUCUAGGGUUCCGAUUUGGGUUCGAGUUUUUUUCGAUUUUCUUCAAUGUUUCGAGUCUAGGGUUUGGAAUUUUCUUGAAUCUUGAUUCGAGGUAGGGGUCCUAUUUUCUGGGUUUUAUAAAUUUGUUGUGGGUGUUUUUGGCUUUAUUCUCUUUCAUGUUCUUCUUGAUUUUUCUGAUGUAUGACCGUAGACAGCUGCAUUGACCUUUCGAUUUUCUUCUUGUUUUUUUCUCUAAUUUCGAGGGUUCAGCUUUGUUAACCACCGUCCUUCUUCGUUCUUGAGCUGGGGUUGAUUCGUAUCGACCCAAUUAGGGUUUGGGGGUGUUUUUAAAAGAUAAAUUAAGUAUUUGAUUUUGGGAAUGUUAGAAAGUUGAUUCGCUUUUGCUUUUCUGGGGGAUUAGGGUUCCUAACUGAAACUCUUUUUGAAGGUGGUGUUUGGCUUUUUAUGUGUAAAUAAGCCAAAAACUCUUUUAUUGCUUAUGAACUUAAGCUGCUUUGAUGCAUCUUUCACUAUGGAAACCAAUCUCUCACUGUGCUGCUUUGAUCUUGGACAAGAAAAGCAAAAAGAAAAAUGGUUCCUCUGAUCACAAUUCAUCAGAUGAAAUCAAGAAAAACCCAUCUGUUCUUAGAAGACUUCAAGAACAUAAACUCAGAGAAGCACUUGAAGAAGCAUCUGAAGAUGGGUCACUUGUUAAAUCUCAAGAUAUUGACUCUGAAUCAGGACCCAUUAAUCAAGAUGAAGGAUUGGGGAGAUCUCGAUCGCUGGCUCGACUCGAGAUGCAGAAGGAGUUCUUGAGAGCUACUUCGCUUGCGGCUGAUCGAACAUUCGAGACUGAAGAAUCGAUCCCGGAUCUCCAUCAAUCGUUCUCCAAGUUCUUGACCAUGUAUCCAAAGUAUCAAUCUUCAGAAAAGAUUGAUCAUUUGAGGUCAGAUGAUUAUUCCCAUUUAUGUGAAUCUGUUUCAAAAGUAUGCCUUGAUUAUUGUGGAUUUGGGUUGUUUUCAUUUCUUCAAACUGUUCAUUAUUGGGAAUCUUCAACCUUUAAUUUAUCCGAAAUCACUGCGAAUUUGAGUAACCAUGCUCUUUAUGGUGGGGCUGAGAAGGGUACAGUCGAACACGAUAUAAAGAUUCGGAUUAUGGAUUAUUUAAACAUCCCGGAGAACGAAUAUGGGCUUGUUUUCACGGUUAGCAGAGGUUCUGCUUUCAAACUUUUAGCCGAAUCGUACCCUUUUCAUACAAACAAGAAGUUGUUAACGAUGUUCGAUCACGAAAGCCAGUCGGUUAAUUGGAUGGCUCAGAGUGCUAAAGAGAAAGGUGCAAAAGUUCAGAGCGCGUGGUUCAAAUGGCCGACGCUUAAACUCUGUUCUACUGAUUUAAGAAAGCAAAUUUCUAGCAAAAAGAGGCGGAAGAAAGAUUCAUCGGUUGGUUUGUUUGUUUUCCCGGUUCAAUCCAGAGUCACUGGUGCGAAAUAUUCAUACCAAUGGAUGGCUUUGGCACAGCAAAACAAUUGGCAUGUGUUGCUUGAUGCAGGUGCAUUGGGUCCGAAAGACAUGGAUUCACUCGGGUUAUCUCUUUUUCGGCCUGAUUUUAUCAUUACGUCGUUUUAUAGAGUUUUCGGGUUCGACCCAACUGGAUUCGGGUGUCUUCUGAUCAAGAAAUCGGUGAUCAGAAGUCUUCAGAAUCAAUCUGGUCAUGCUGGUUCCGGUAUAGUGAAGAUCAGUCCGGUUUUUCCUUUAUACCUGAGUGAUUCCGUUGAUGGAAUCCCGGGAUUGGCCGGGAUUGAAGAUGAUGAUGAUGGUGGAAACGGCGAAAUAGCCUCGGAAAUCCGGCCGGGACCACAAUUGCCCGCCUUUUCCGGUGCAUACACUUCUGCUCAGGUGAGAGAAGUGUUCGAUACCGAAAUGGAGCAUGAUAACAACUCGGAUAAAGAUGGGGCAAGCACCAUUUUUGAAGAAAAUGAGAGCUUUUCUGUUGGAGAGGUGAUGAAGAGUCCGGUUUUUAGCGAAGAUGAGUCAUCUGAUAACUCGUUAUGGAUUGAUUUGGGGCAGAGUCCUUUGGGGUCCGAUUAUGGUGGUGGUGCGGUGAACCAUAAGCACAAAGGUUCAACCUCGCCCCUGCCGCCCUUCUGGUUUUCUGGCAGGAACAAGAACAAACAGCUAUCUUCCCCUAAACCGACCUCAAAGAUAGCUAACAGUCCCAUAUACGACAAAGAGGUCAACCAUGGAAUUCACGAAGCCCGAAUGCUGUCAUUUGAUGCAGCUGUUAUGUCGGUUUCUCAAGAAUUGGACCGAAUUAAAGAGGAUCCACAAGAAGAACACUUUAUGGAGGCAAAAAACACUCCAAAUCAUCACCAUUUUCAUGAGAUUGAAGAAGAAGAAACCGAAACCAGCAAAUGGGAAAAUGGUUCGAGUUCAAAGUUAUGUUCUCAGACAAAAGAAAGUGCGAUUCGAAGGGAAACCGAGGGGGAGUUCAGAUUAUUGGGAAGGAGAGAAGGGAAUAGAUUUUCGGGAAGUAGACUUUUCGGCGUCGAUGAGAUUGAACAGGCUGGAAGUAAAGGAAGAAGGGUAUCGUUCACCAUAGAAGAACAGAAUAAAGAGUUUUUAGCCACAAAUGUAGAAGAUGAUGAUUAUAUAACCGAUGGAGAUUAUGUUGAAGGGCAAGAAUCGAGCAGAAGGGAACCCGAGAUCUCGUGUAAGCAUCUUGAUCAUGUAAACCAGUUGGGUCUCAAUAAGACCACUCUUCGGCUAAGGUUUUUGGUCAAUUGGCUUGUGACCUCACUGCUUCAGUUACGAAUUCCCGGUUCAAACGGGCAAGAAAGCGUGCCGCUGGUUCAUAUAUACGGCCCGAAAAUCAAAUACGAAAGGGGUGCUUCAGUGGCAUUCAACGUUAGAGACAGAAAGAAAGGUUUAAUCAAUCCUGAAGUGGUUCAGAAGUUGGCUGAGUCAAACGGGAUCUCUCUUGGCGUAGGUAUACUUAGCCAUAUACGGAUCUUGGAUAGCUCAAAACGGAAUCCAAAUUCCGAAGAUACGACACUUUGCAGGCCGAUGGAGAACGGAGGGCAUAAUGGGAAAAACGGGUUCAUUAGAGUUGAAGUGGUGACUGCUUCUUUGGGGUUUUUGACUAACUUUAGUGAUGUCUAUAAACUAUGGGCUUUUGCUGCAAAGUUCUUGAACCCAGAUUUCAACAAAGAAGACGGGCUUUCGACUGUUGUGGAAGACGAAGAAUAAACAAGGCGUUUUUGAGGUUUAGAAAAACUCGAAUCCGAAUGAUCUUCUGGGCCUGAUUCUUUUGCUCUCUCGAUGUCAUUCUUGGAAGAUGUAUUUGUUCAUUCUUAUGUUUUUAGUUCGCGUUUUUCGUGAUUUUGAUUCGUUAUUUCCUGAUAUUGUGGGGGGGUUAUCAUAGAGUUUCGGGUUUAGAAUAGAUUUUAUACAUCGCCUGAAACUGCGAAAUCGAAUGGAGAAAUACCCCCCUACUUGAUGAACUUUUGAGCUAUAUGAAAUCCAAGUUGAUUAUGCUUUGCUUGAAUGGAUCAUGCUUCUUGAAACUGCAUUCUUAGAAUGGCAGAUUUGGGUUACAAAGUUGCAUGAUCUUUCAAGAAAAGAUUUUGGGUC